AUGGGCUUUGGGGAUUUUUACUCGAUCUGCGAACAAGCAGCGCUUCCAUUAUGUGCAGAGGUCGGAGCGAUAACAACAAUCGCGGGAAGUCAUGGAAUUGAGGCAAAUUGUUAUUCGCGCAAUAUUGAAUUGGCCAACACGAUCAUAUUUCAAGGAGCCGCAAGUUUCGUACACAUCCUCGCGUUAAUUAUGACGGUUAUUAUGAUAUUGCACGUUAGGAGUAAAUUUACUGCUGUUGGCCGAAAAGAAAUCACAACUUUCUUCUACAUAUAUAUGCUCCUCACAUUCUUUACACUACUUCUCGAUGCUGGUGUUAUCCCACCUGGGACUGGACCUUACCCAUACUUCUCGGCUGUACAAAAUGGUCUCACAUCUGCCCUUACUGUCUGUUUAUUGAUUAAUGGAUUUGUUGGAUUCCAACUAUAUGAAGAUGGAACACGAAUUUCAGUUUGGCUCCUUCGCUCAAUCAGUGCCGCCAUGUUCAUUCUUACGUUCCUCGUUUCCCUCGCUACCUAUAUGUCCUGGGCAGGACUUGGACCCACUCGAACUGUUGGACUCUUCGUUGUGCUAUACCUACUUUCUGCUAUCGAGUUAGCUAUCUACGGUGUUAUGCAAGUAAUUCUUGUUGUGAACACUCUCCAGGAUCGUUGGCCCUUGGGUGAACUCUCUUUUGCCUUUUUCUUCUUCGCUGCGGGACAAGUUGUUCUUUACGCUUUCAGUACCAGCAUUUGCAAUGCUAUCAGCCACUAUUUGGACGGAUUAUUCUUCGCUUCAAUCGCCAAUCUUCUAGCUGUGAUGAUGAUUUACAAGUACUGGGACUCUAUCACUAAAGAAGAUCUUGAAUUUUCAGUUGGUAUCAAGCAGAACAACUGGGAAGUCAAGGACCUUCUCGAAGAUGACCGAAGAACCACCGUGUAUCAAGACAUGGACUAUCAACACAGUCCCGGUCACCAACCUCGAAACUCGAACUAUGGCGGCUUCAACUAUUGA